GGCGGCCAUGCCGACGAGUAUGGCGCCGAGACCCUAGAGAGGAUGUUCUGCACCUACCCCCAGACCAAGACCUACUUCCCCCAAUUCGACCUCCACAAAAUCAAGGCGCACGGCAAGAAGGUGGCGGGUGCGCUGGUCGAGGCUGCCAACCACAUCGAUGACAUCGCGGGUGCCCUCUCCAAGCUCAGCGACCUCCACGCCCAGAAGCUCCGCGUGGACCCCGUUAACUUCAAACUGCUGGGCCAGUGCUUCCUGGUGGUGGUGGCCAUCCACCAUCCCUCUGUCCUGACCCCGGAGGUCCACGCUUCCCUGGACAAGUUCCUGUGUGCCGUGGGCAACGUCCUGACUGCCAAGUACCGUUAAGACGGCACCAUGGCUAGCGCUGGACUCAACCCACUGCCAGCCCUCCCACAGCGAGCAGCCAAAUGAUCUGAAAUAAAAUCUGUUGCAUUUGUGCUCCA